GAAAAACCCGCCACUAUAAAUAUCAAAAAACUUGAAUCACACCGCAUUUUCGCUCUCGAACUUCGUUCAGAUUGAAGAGAGAGAGAUGAAGAAGAGAUCGACGAGGAAGUCUUCUGUGGCGGACCUUCUGGUUUCGCCUCCGACUAUCACAAGCCCUAAUCGAUCUUCGAGCGAAUCUCCGAAGCAUUUCGAAUUCAAUCUCGGUGCCUUCAACACUACCUCAUCUUCCAAGAAGAAGAAGAACGAUGUAGCAUCAAGCUCUGUCCUGAUCCAGCCUACCGCAUCACCACCACAUCUGAAAAGCCUGAGUACGAUCUCUGAUCUGAAGGAACUGGCCUCUUCGCGCCUGGACUCCAUCAAGCGCCAGCUCGAUCGUUCGCACUCGGAGAUCCUCAAGGACAUGGAGGCCUCUCAGUCUCGUCUCCACAAACGAUUCAAGAUUCAGACACAAGCAUGCCAACAAGUGACCGAUGAAGCAGAGAAGGAGUAUAAGAAAAUGUCUGAACGAAUCAGUGAAAGUAGGGAAGCAAUGAAGGCUUCAUACUUAGGGUUCUUGGCAGAAGCACAAGCCAGUGCAUCCCGUGCAUGCAAAACAUCCAUUCCUGAGCUCUCACAGUCAUUUGAGAAAGCCCUUGAUGUUCUUCGAAGCCGUUAUGGGAUUUCAUCAUCUGCAGUGUAACCAGCCUUAUUGUGCUGCUACUCGGGGUGACUGAAGGUUGAUAUUAUUUUUUAUGAAUUGCUGGAUUACUAUGCGCUAGGACCUAGGGUCACCUUUCAUUUAGUAUAUCAAAACAUUGCCGUGCCUUAAUUGAUUCUCUCUUGUGCCUAGAUAUUUGUUGGGUUUCAAUCCACAAAUUUCUGCUUUAUAUAGGACUGAAGGUAUUACUCGUUAGAUGGAAAUUCAUAUGAUAACAAUCUCAUAAAAUUUGGUAAUAAGGAAAAAAUAAAAAAAUCAAGCAUUAAAUAAAAGAAUCUGAAAUUCAUCAGCCACUUGAAUGUAAGUAUUCAGCAUGAUGAGAUUGGAAACUGCUUGAAUUAUUUUUGUAUACCAGGAGAUGUUACCAGUUUUUCAGAGCGAUCUACUUGAUGCAUUAUGUGAAAAAA